UGGGAUACACGAGUGAACGAGAUCGUUCAGGAGUACGAACGCCAUCUUGGUGCUGUUAACACGAUCACCUUCGUUGACCAGAAUCGAUGUUUUGUGACAAGGUCAUACAACAAAAGCAUCCGGCUUUGGGAGUGGGAUAUCCCGGUGGAUUUCAAAUAUAUUGCAGAACCAAACAUGUACCCAAUGCCUAGUGUGACAAUCAGUCCCAAUGGUAAGUGGUUAGGCUUCCAAUCAAUGGACAACCAAAUUCUAAUAUACAGUGCACAGAAUCGAUUGCAUCUUAACUGUAAGAAAAAUUUGAAAGGUCACAUUAUUGUAGGAUAUGCAUGUCAGAUAGGUUUCUCACCAGAUAUGAGCUAUGUUGUUUCUGGGGACGCAGAUGGACGGUUAAAUAUCUGGGACUGGAAGAUAACCAAACUGUUUAACAAAUUCAAAGCCCAUGAUGGCGUGUCAAUAGGCUGUAUAUGGCAUCCACACAAAACAUCCAAAGUUAUUACACGUGGAUGGGAUGGACUCAUUAAAUUAUAG